AUGGGAGCUCCUGUGGAUGGCUGGGUAGCAGCAGUAAAAGCAUAUACCUCCGGUAGCGGUGGCGGGUGUAAUAUUGUGGCUAAGCUGGGCGAUGGCCAGGAGACAGCAGCACCGCCGGAUUCAACGCCAUCCACGACUUCGGGUGGUGAUGAUGAUGAGGAUGCUAUGUGGGGCGAACUCAUGGAGGGAGCUGAGGUCCCAGCUGAUGCUAGAGUCAGACCAACCGACCUGCAUCUAGCUGCUUUUAGAGGUGAUCUCAAUGAAGUGGAGACUCUGAUAGAGAAAAAGAAACAUCAGAUCAACCAAGCUGAUAGUGAGGGCAUGACGCCACUGAUGGUGGCUGUUAAGCAGGGCCACAUGGACGUAGCUGAGCUGCUCUUGCCUGUCAGUGAUGUCCAUGCUAUAGACAAGGAGGAAUGGACUGUCAUGCAUUGGGCGUGUGAAGUUGGGAGGUUGGCCUUUGUCAAGAGGCUCUGUAAAGAGCACUGUGAGCUGCUGGCUAUGAAGGACAAGAGGGGUCUAUCUCCUCUCCAUAUUGCAUGCUGGCAAGGAAAUGAGGAGUUGGCUAAGAUUUUAUUACAGAACAAGGCGGAUAUGAAAGCCUUGACUAAAUGGGGCGAGACGCCACUGCACCACGCGGCAUUCUUUGGCCACGUUGGAGUAUGUCGACUACUACUAGAGCACGGGGCUGACCCUCUAGUGAAGGACAGGCUGCGUCGGUCGCCCAAGUCGCUGGCUAGCGGCAAGGCGGCCAGUCCGGAACUACAAGCCUUGUUCCGUGAAGCGGUAGCUGCUGGUCCUGCUGCCAGCGAGUCCUCUACGGCCUCUCUCAAUGGGUGA